GUGAGAAGAUUGGGUAUACCCCGUACAAGACCUCAAGCUGGAUCUCAAACCCUGCACAUCUAGGAUCUUGAGAACUGGAAAGAAGCGAGGACCAUUUGGCUAAGUAUCUGCUGCAGACUCCUUUCUCAUCAGUGCUCAGAAGUGGCACAGCUUGUUCGAAGCAAUAGCCGUGUGGUAUGGUUGUAAAAAGAUAAGAGCUCUGUUACGUUUUAGCUCCUGCAGUGCAGAGUAAACAGAUUUGUGCUUGCUUUCCUCAUUCAGUUCUUUCUCUGUGACUUUGCCUCUUAGUCCUCAGGAUGGAGUAAAAAGCAAUGCAGUGGUGAUGAGGGCUUGUUCCCCUGCCCCCUGCAAGCAGAAUAUUGGUGGUGGUAUGGGGACUGAGGGGGCACAGGAACAGCUUGAGUUUGUUACCUUCUUGUAGCCAGCACUUCUGGUUUAAUUGUACUGCCUUGCCGGUGGAGCUGAUGCAUCAGGAUGCAGUGCUAAGCUUUCUCAGACUUAUCACAGUUUGAAAUGCUGCUGAUUUCUGUUUCCGCCCGGCUUUUGGGAUCUUCACAGUUUGCAAGUGACCAACAAUUUGUUUAGUCUAUGAAGUCUGUAAAAUGUUUGGUCUCUAUGGAAGUAAGCAGAAUGGAAAAGUGGAAAAUUAAUGUAGUUUUUGAUUGAAAACUUACCUCCUUGCUUGUGUCUACAAUAUUGGUAGUUUAUGUUGCUCUAGCAAUGAACACUACUUUGACCAGCCCACAUGGAUUUACUCUUGUGCAUGCAGGUCGGAGUUGAAGGUGGCUGUUGCUGGUGACAUCUAAGACCAGUUCCAGAUGCACACAAAAACGGAUUUGCCUUUGUGGCCCCAGUGGCAGUGUGAACCACAAAGCUGUGCUUCAGGUACGGCGUGUGCCCAGCUUUGCCCUUAAAGCGACUGGGUGUCAGCUUGAAAGGUUUUGUUGAUUUUUGGGGAAAAUCACUCCUGUUACUUUCCUUCUGCAGUGGCGUAUUGAAACUUCUAGCACAGAAAAAGGUUGGAAGAGACCUCUGGUGGUCAUCUGGUCUAACCUCCUGCUCAAAGCAUGUUCAGCUAAAUCAGCUAUGAAAACUACGUUCUGAGGAGCCUGGUUUUGAUGCUUCUUAUACUUACAAGCAUCUCUGCAGAGGGACAUUUGUCAUAGUGCAAGAUGUCUGCCCUGAGGCUGAUUUCUAACAGAACCUCCCAGCAGGCCUUGUCCAACUCUGAUUACACCUGGGAGUACGAGUACUAUGAGUACGGACCGGUGUCGUUUGAAGGCCUGAAGGCUCAUAAAUAUUCCAUUGUGAUUGGAUUUUGGGUUGGUCUUGCAGUCUUUGUCAUCUUCAUGUUCUUUGUCCUGACUCUGCUGACGAAGACUGGAGCGCCACAUCAAGACAAUGCAGAACCUUCUGAAAAAAGAUUCCGGAUGAAUAGCUUUGUGGCAGAUUUUGGAAGACCGCUGGAGUCUGAGAGAGUCUUUUCUCGUCAGAUAGCUGAAGAAUCCCGAUCACUUUUCCAUUUCUGCAUUAAUGAAGUGGAGCACUUAGACAAAGCAAAACCAAGUCAGAAAGGUCCAGGUUUGGAAAGUAAUAUCCACUUCCAGGAUGUUCCCAGGAGCAGUGGAACAUUUGAGGAGGACCUGAAUUGUCUUACAAAAUUUAAUAUUCCUAACUUCGUGAACACGGAGCAGAACUCUUCACUAGGAGAGGAUGAUCUCCUUAUCUCAGAGCCACCUAUCAUUUUAGAAAGCAAGUCGGUCAUGCAAUCUUCCCAUCGGAUCCUUGACUGAAAAUUUUUACUUUAACAUAAAAAUU